AUGCGGCCUGGUGUAUUCAUGAGUUGGAACUGUUAUAUUAAGCGUAUGGUACCUACUGUUCCUUCAGAUAUAGCAUCCACAUCAGCAUCCACUCCUCCAAUGCCAGCCACAAGUACUGUUCCUUCAGAUACAGCAUCCACAUCAGCAUCCACUCCUCCAAUGUCAGCCACAAGUACUGUUCCUUCAGAUACAGCAUCCACAUCAGCAUCCACAAGCAUCCACUCCAUCAGCAAUGUCAGCCACAAGUACUGUUCCUUCAGAUAUAGCAUCCACAUCAUCAUCCACUCCUCCAAUGUCAGCCACAAGUACUGUUCCUUCAGAUAUAGCAUCCACAUCAGCAUCACCUUUACUGUUCCUUCAGAUAUAGCAUCCACAUCAGCAUCCACUCCUCCAAUGUCAGCCACAAGUACUGUUCCUUCAGAUAUAGCAUCCACAUCAGCAUCCACUCCUCCAAUGCCAGCCACAAGUACUGUUCCUUCAAUACAGCAUCCACAUCAGCAUCCACUCCCAAUGUCAGCCACAAGUACUGUUCCUUCAGAUACAGCAUCCACAUCAGCAUCCUCCUCCAAUGUCAGCCACAAGUACUGUUCCUUCAGAUACAGCAUCCACAUCAGCAUCCACUCCUCCAAUGUCAAAAGUACUGUUCCUUCAGAUAUAGCAUCCACAUCAGCAUCCACUCCUCCAAUGUCAGCCACAAGUACUGUUCCUUCAGAUAUAGCAUCCACAUCAGCAUCCACUCCUCCAAUGCCAGCCACAAGUACUGUUCCUUCAGAUACAGCAUCCACAUCAGCAUCCACUCCUCAAUGCAGCCACAAAUACAUCCACAUCAGCAUCCACUCCUCCAAUGUCAGCCACAAGUACUGUUCCUUCAGAUAUAGCAUCCACAUCAGCAUCCACUCAAUGCCAGCCACAAGUACUGUUCCCUUCAGAUACAGCAUCCACAUCAGCAUCCACUCCUCCCAAUGUCAGCCAUGUUACUGUUCCUUCCAGAUGCCAGCAUCCACAUCAGCAUCCACUCCUCCAAUACCAGCCACCUCCAAUGUACUGUUCCUUCAGAUACAGCAUCCACAUCAGCAUCCACUCCUCCAAUGUCAGCCAAAGUACUGUUCCUUCAGAUAUAGCAUCCACAUCAGCAUCCAAAUGUCAGCCACAAGUACUGUUCCUUCAGAUAUAGCAUCCACAUCAGCAUCCACUCCUCAAUGCCAGCCACAGUACUGUUCAAUGGCAUCCAAUCAGCAUCCACUCCUCCAAUCCAGAUACAGCAUCCACAUCAGCAUCCACUCCUCAAUGUCAGCCACAAGUAAGUUCCUUCAGAUACUGUCCACAUCAGCAUCCACUCCUCCAAUGUCAGCCACAAGUACUGUUCCUUCAGAAAGCAUCCACAUCAGCAUCCACUCCCUCCAAUGUCAUACGUUCCGUAGAUAUAGGCAUCCAAGUACUGUUUUCAGAUUUAGCAUCCAUUUUCACAAUACUUUCCUUCAGAUCCACAUUUUCCUUCAGAUACAGCAUCCACAUCAGCAUCCAAAUGUAAGCCAAGUUACCACAUCAGCAUCCAGUCCAGCCACAAGUACUGUUCCCUUCCAGAUGCAGCAUCCACUCAGCAUCCACUCCUCCAAUGUCAGCACAUCUGUCUUCAGAUACAGCAUCCACAUCAGCAUCCACCUCCAAUAUCCUCCUCCAAUGUCAGCAUACUGUUCCUUCAGAUAUAGCAUCCACAUCAUCCACUCCUCCAAGUACUGUUCCUUCAGAUACAGCAUCCACAAGCAUCCACUCCAAUGUCCAAUACUGUACCACAAACUCCCUCCAAUGUGUUCCUUCAGAUAUAGCUCCCACAUCAGAUCCUCCUCCAAUGUCAGCCAUACCCUUCAUACAGCAUCCACAUCAGCAUCCAAAUGUCAGCACAAGUACAAUAUAGCAUCCACUGUUCCAAUUCAGCUGUGUACUUCCUUCAGAUAUAGCAUCCACAUCAGCAUCCACUCCUCCAAUGCCAGCCACAAGUACUGUUCCUUCAGAUACAGCAUCCACAUCAGCAUCCACUCCUCCAAUGUCAAAAUACAAGUACUGUUCCUUCAGAUACACAUCAGCAUCCACAUCCAAUGCCAUCCACUCCCAUCCACUCUCCAAUGUCAGCCAAAGUACUGUUCCUUCAGCCCACAAGCAUCCAUUCCAAUGUCCUACUCAGAUAUAGCAUCCACAUCAGCAUCAUCCUCCAAUCCAAUGUCCUUCAGAUACAGCAUCAAGUCCACUGUUCCUUCAGAUAAGCAUCUGUUCCUUCAAUCCACAUCAGCAUCCACUCCUCCAAUGCCAAUGUACUGUUCCUUCAGCAUCCACAUCAGUCCACUGUUCAGAUAUGUACUUUCAGAUACAGCCUCCACAUAUAUCCACUCCUCCAAUGUCAGCCACAAGUACUGUUCCUUCAGAUAUAGCAUCCACAUCAGCAUCCACUCCUCCAAUGUCAGCCACAAGUACUGUUCAUUGAAUAGCCAGAUAUAG